AUGCAGUCUUAUCGUCUCGAAGUGGCCGUGAAGCGGGUGUACGGACUCAACCCACUCAUUGCCAGCGCCUCGUCAACCAUUUCUGUCGAGGUGCGCUUCCUCGACUUCCCUCCCAUCGUGAUACACCCGCACGGCUACGCUAUUGGCGACUCAGUGACAUAUAACAUUUGCCACAAGGCCGACUUUCGAAUGAGCAGUGAACAGGCUGCCACUGCCUUUCCUGCCAUGUGUCAGUGUCAGCUGGUCAGCGCAAAGGAAGGGACAGUCGUUGGCGCUGCGCGGUGGUCGUGCCCGUGUCCGCUGGUAUCGCAGCCCGACGCAGCCGCACAACCUCCCCUGCGCACGUACGCCGACUACGUCAUCGGCAACGCUGCCGGUGAGACAGUGGGCUACGCCGAUAUGAACUGCCGGGUGCUCUCGCUGGAUGCGCCGGCACCGCAGGCAUCGGUGACGCCGCUGCCGGUCGCUGCACCCCCUGCCCGCGAUCCCGAGCCCAGCAGAGGAACCAGUGCCGACCAGGGCAAGCCGUACAUCGUGCGUGUGGUUGUGGGUGAAAGUGAUCGGCAUCGUCGCCCAAGCCAACCUACUCGCUGCGAAGGCGUGCAGGACGCGUCACGCGGGCGCGAGGUGACGGCAGCGCGUGCCAGUACUAGUGAUCGUGGCCAGCCGCCAAGGCGCGUGCCGGCCAACACCGCCGAGAAGAGCAGUCUGCUUUAUCUCCUGCAGUACGAUGUGGCGUAUCAGUUGCAAUCUCUCAGCGAAACCGUCGCGGCAGCGCUGCACCGAGAGCACGAUGUGUUGACACGCACGCCACUCAAAGGACCGGACAAGAGUGGCACCGUCAGCACCUCCCGGCUUACCAAGUCUAUCGACCACCAUGUGGCAUCGAUUGUGAGGGUGGCAAACAUCGUAUUGCAGGUAGCCAAUCAGCUUGUGGACAACAGCCCUGCCCCGCCGCGUAUCGGAACGAGUCGUGAGGUGAAGGACAUGGUACGGCAAUGGCGCAACCCAGUGAACAAGCUGCCGCUUCCCGCUGAAGGCUCCAUAGGCCAUUACUUACAAUACGACGUGCUCUACCAACUCCAGUGCUUGGGUACCAACUUGUCGUACAUGAUCGUUGCUUACCGCGCGGCGCUAGACAUACCACUGUCGUCGAUCCCUGCACAGCACGUAGAGUACUGCGACGAGCUUGGGCACGAGAUUCAGCACCUCACGAAGCACAUCAACAUUCUCAUCCAAUCUAGCGUGGAUGGUACGCUCAGCACGGCGGCGCCGUCUAUCGUGCCCGAGCCUGUCGCACAGGAUAAGCACCGAAAGAGAAGCAAGAGAAACUCGCAGAGCACACCGCCGGCUGCAGGGCCGCAGCUGGCCCCUCCCAAGUUCACUGGUGUCGCCAAGAGCUUGAGCCGCACUUCCUACUCGUCUUUCAGCAGCACCCGUAGCGCGAGCAGCAGUAGUUUGUCCUCAUCUUCCUCGUCAUCGUCCUUGAAUCGACCCCCAGCGCGGGCGUCGCCGCCGCAGGCGCCAACAGUCGUAGCCGUCCCGGCAAAUCCGCCGCCAGCUGUGCCAUCACCGCAGGCGGCGGCACCCAUGCCGAACGCCACAUCCCAGCCCGUGCCACCGCCGCCUUCCUACAACGCGCCGGCGGCAACAGCAUCAAGUCCGCAAACGUCGCCUCCACUAGCCACCCCGCCGCCGCCGCCAUACACCGUCGCCGCGCCGUCGGCUCAGCCGACGGCAACGCCACUUCCAACGCCAGCAAAGUCGCAAACGGGGCUCUCGCCCUCCAACUCAAUAGAAUCCUUCAGCGCGCCAACCGCCUCGUCGCAGGCGAAUCAGCCCGUGCCGCCCGUCCCUUGGAUUAACCAAGAAAAUAAUUAUCCGCCACCUCCAGUCGCCACAUCCCCACUGUCGUUCCACACCGAGUUGCAGAGCACGGGCAUGUACGGCACAGCUUCUUCCACCCUUGCGCCGCAGCCCGUCCUCGCCACCGGCGGCCCACCUGUGCUCAGCCCUCCGUACUUGUCCUCGGUGCCUCCACCGCUUGCGGCACCGACUCCGCUGACGUCGCCAAGCGCUGCACCGUCACCGCAACCACUGGUCGCACCGCAGCUGAACACGCAGCUUCCCAUCCAGCCGCAGCCCCAGGCGCCGUUGGCGAUUCCGAUACCCGUGCCCAUCCCACGCUAA